AUGCUGCUCCUCCUGCACCUGCUGCCUGCCAUGCUGCCCACCGCCGUCCUGGCCGGCUGCACCGGGUCUGGUGCCGAUCGGCAGCUCAUCCUGGACAAGGUGCGGGCUCGGGUGCUGGAGCAUCUGAGCCCCCCGCUUCUCCAGGAGGAGCCCCAGAAGGAAGCGAGGAGGGUGCACCGGAGAGACAUCCUUGAAAACACCAAAGUCGAGCCCACGGAGCUGGAGGACACCUCCCAGGUGAUCCUCUUCCCUUCCACAGACGUGCCCUGCGAGCCCAUGCAGCCGGACAAGCUGCUGGAGGAAGAAGGGAUUUUCACCUACCUCUUCCAGCCCUCGGCACACACCCUGAGCCGCGCUGUGACCUCUGCCCAGCUCUGGUUUUACACCGGCCCCUCGGCCGCCCCCAACCACUCAGCCCCUGACGUGCUGACCCUGUCACCGCAGGGCCGCAUGCCGGUGACGGCCACGGUGGUGCGGACGCCCGAGCACUGGACAGUGUUUCACUUCGCCCCGGCGCUGCUGCCCCAGCUGUCGCAGCCGCUCUUCGUCCUCCUGGUGCGCUGCCCCAGCUGCCCUUGCCUGGCCGAGGGGGACAAGAUGCCCUUCUUGGUGGCCACCACCCGGGCGAAGGGCAGUGAGAGGGCUCGCCGCUCCGCCGUGCCUUGGUCCCCGGCCGCCCUGAGCCUGCUGCAGCGCCCGUCUGAGGACCUGGCUGCCCAUACCAACUGCCGACGAGCUUCCCUCAACAUUUCCUUCGAGGAGCUGGGCUGGGACAAGUGGAUUGUGCAUCCCAGCAGCUUCGUUUUCCACUACUGCCACGGGAGCUGCGCCGAGGGCCACGGGCUGAGCCACCGCCUGGGCGUGCAGCUCUGCUGCACCGCCCUGCCUGGCACCAUGCGCUCCCUGCGCGUCCGCACCACCUCCGACGGCGGGUACUCCUUCAAGUACGAGACGGUGCCCAACAUCCUGGCCCAGGACUGCACCUGCGUCUAG